AUGUUCACUCAAAAAUUUUUAUGUAUCGCAUCUCGCUUUCCUGCAUCAGUUUCACAAAGGGUUAUUUCAUGCUCUGCCGCUAAUUUCGCUAAACGUACUGGAAUUACCUAUGUUCAAAAUUACGACGAAUUUAAGAAGAUAUGUACUGAUAAUGAAGCUACUGUUAUUGCUGAUUUCUUUGCCACUUGGUGUAAACCUUGUAAAGAAUUAGGUCGAAGAUUUGACUUAGUAAUGGAGAAGUACGAAGAUAAAGUGUGCCUUGCUAAAGUUGAUGUCGACAAGGUUGAAGAAGUCCUCCCAGAAUACGAUAUACAAGCCACUCCUACUGUGAUUGCCAUAAAGAAUGGUAAAGAAGUUGGCCGAUUCACAGGCCUAAAAGAAAGCGCAGUUCUCGAGAAAUUUAUCAAUGAUCACAUGAAUUAA